UUUCGGUCUAAAGGACCUUCAUCAGAGGGAAAAAUCUAAAAGCUUUGCAAAGGCAAUAUGACAAAUACACUAUCAAUUAUCAGAUAAAGCGUUGGGCAUCAAGUGGCGCACAGUUCAAAGCCGUGCCUGGAAAACAAUAAUAUUAUUGACACUAUAUGCUGUAUAAAGACCCAAAGUAAAAGUAUAUCGUACAUCAGGGAGAAAUAAAUUGCAACAAAAUUGAAGUAAAUCAAGUUUCAGGUGAAAAUUAUUGAAUUCACUUUCAGAUUACUAACACCUUAACGUUAUGUAGUUUUUAAUUCCUUACAUCUUCUUCAACCACAGCUGGGUAGGUUUCUAUAAGCACUGUAAUAUUGUGUCCAAUAAUUAUCCGUAGCCUCAUGAACAUAAACACAAAGGAACACUUGUGUAAUAUACAGUAGGUUCAUUGAUAAAGUCAUAUAAUACGGGAAAACAAACUGUUUCUCAAUGUCAAAUUAGUGUCAAUGAAUAUCAAAGUAUGGGCCUAUUGUUCUCAAAGAUAAAGCAACACUUCCGGGGGUAUUUGUAAUAAUCAUUGGUAUUUUAUAAAGGCAUUACUGGUGGCUUUAUUUGCAGCCAGAAAAGCCUAAUUAGGCAGGUCCCACAUCUUAAACCGAUUUAGUAAACAAGAAAGAAGUCAUAUCCCGCCGCUAAACCCAGUGAGAAGCCUAAUGUACCAACUUGUCAUUAGACGCAGCAACGUGCGUCACUGGCGCUCUGGUCCUGGGAGUUGUAGUUGACUUAGACAUGCGUCUCUCUCAUUGCGAGCAGCCGGAAACUACAAGUUCCAGACCUUCUGAUGCGGAAGUGGCACAACAAAACACCGUUAAGUUGCAUCCCCAGACCCGAGAACAUGUCUCAUGUCGUGAAGAAAAGAAAAUUGGACAAAAUCCGGCAGGAUAGACUGUAUUUUGACAGCUACACCGAUGUGACCAUCCACGAGGAAAUGAUCGCGGACCAUGUCCGGACCAACACGUACCGGACGGCCAUACUGAAGAACAGUGAGUCCAUACGGGGGAAAGUUGUCCUGGACGUCGGGGCAGGAACCGGCGUGUUAAGCAUUUUCUGCGUUCAAGCCGGCGCUCGUAAAGUCUACGCCGUCGAAGCCUGCUCCAUCGCGGAGCAGGCGGUGCGCAUAGUCCGACAGAACAACAUGGAGGACCGAAUCGAAGUCAUUCGGGGCACGGUGGAGACGGCGGACCUACCGGAGAUGGUGGAGGUGAUCGUGAGCGAGUGGAUGGGUUAUGCCCUCCUGCACGAGUCCAUGCUCAACUCGGUGCUCUACGCGCGCGACAAGUGGCUGAAGCCCGGCGGCAUCAUCCUGCCCAGCAAGGCGGAGCUCUACGUGUCGCCCAUCAGCGACCCGGUGGUGGAGGACCGCUUACAUUUCUGGUACACCGCCAAAGACCAGUACGGCGUCGACAUGUCCUGCAUGUCCGACUUCGCCAGGCGGUGCAUCAUGAACUCCGACAUCACCGUGAACUCUGUGACCGUGGAGGACGUGCUCUCCCACCCGGCCCGCUUCGCCGAGCUCGACCUGCACACGGUCACCGUGGAGGAGCUGCGCGCGGUCAAGGGCGCGUUCCGGUGCGAGUCGUUCGGCUCCGCGGCGGUGAACGCCUUCUGCGUCCACUUCACGGUCACGUUCCCGUGCCCGGACAAGCCGCAGGGGCUCGUGCUCUCCACGUCCCCGUUCAACCCGGAGACCCACUGGAAGCAGGCGGUGCUGUACCUCGACGCCCCGGUGGACGUGGUGCAGGACACGGUGGUCACCGGGGAGAUCAGCAUGUUCCCGUCGGAGGAGAGCGCGAGGCACAUAUGCAUCCACAUGGACUACACGAUAGGAGAGCAGAAGAAACAGUCCAAGACCUUUUCCAUCCCAGACUGGAGCAGUGAAAGCCAGUCCUAGUGUGGACCAACAUGUGGUCAGGGAUCUCAUCACCAGGCCACACUCUCAAAAGGCCUUGUCCUUUUUAGUCUCUCUUUUUAUUUUUUUCUCCCGUCACAAAGAUUUCACAAUGAAUGUUAUGACGUCACCUUAGGUCUCACUGGGCCCCUCAGCUGUCACCAUCUCCAAACACAUGCUCAUGCAAAGUGUCGGCGUUCACCUCACCGCUCCGGGCUGAAGUCUCUGAACGUGUCGCGUGGCGCUGCAAUCUGUGUGGAAACAAAUGUUCACCGUCAGAUCUGUCGUGUUUGUUCUUGUUUUUAUACAUAAUAAAUAAUUUGACACUUCAUUUAGUACAGAUAAAAUUCGUAACACUUCUUUUUUUUUAACCUCAAUCAACCAGACAAAUGUAUUGCAAACUAUAUUCAGUUUGCAGCUCUUGCGACCCAGAUUGUAACGCAGCAUUGCCGUAGAACCGAGCAACAGACCAUUAAUUUCUCUAUUAAUAGGGUUACUAAUACUUCCUACUUUCCUUUUCCAGACAGCUGAAAACAGCAAAUCCUUUCACUUUAGGAGCCGGGGCGAGGGGAAAGUUUUAUGUUUCUGAACUUUCUUUAAAACAGCUGCCAAUUGAUCUUAUUCUCACCAAACUCACAAAUAAAGUAAGAUCUUAUUCAGAUUCAAACAGUUUGGUUAUUGUCUGGGCGGAAGAGCUUUUGAAAUCAUAUUUGACCAUCGCAAGAAACGUAAACCGUGACCCUGACCACAGCCGCAGUGAGGCGGGUUUCCUCUCCAGGUUUGUUGAACAAAUUCAAGGCCGAAGCGCCGACGUCUGAUAUUCUAAAACAUUUGAUCACACAUACUGUGUGAAAUCUGAUGGAAAUGCUGCAAUCAAAACGAGGAUCAGACCGAUUUGGACGAGCCGCAAUCGGGCAGGAGUUGUAUAUUGAUUUUUUUUACAUAAAUACAUGUUGGGGUUAACAACGGUGGGACACGCUCUGUCGCCAGAAACCGACGACUUCAUCCAAAGUCGUAAUUCUAAUGCGCCGUUCCUCUAAAUAGCAAAGACUGAAAUGCACAAAGUACUUCCUUCCACUGAGGAUCUCUCCGUCUCCACGUGACCGAGUUGUGAAAAUAUAAAGACGUUUUGAACAUCAAUCAGCGAUUCAUCUUUGAUUGUGGCUGAUUAAAAAAAAAUGUAAUUGACGUACAUUGUUUGAUGGCCACGUUCUCUAAUGUGUCACUCAUUGAACACAAACAUGUUGUGCGAGGACUGAUCAGGAAUUACAUUUUUAUAUUAUUUUGAGUCCUUAAUACAAUAAAUACGCUUGGAUUUUCGCGGAUUAUAUUGCAAAGACUUGGAUUAAAGUUUGAGGAGCUGAAGUGUUGGUAAGACAACUGUUUACGAUAACUGUUGGUUGUUGAACAAAUGGGAACCGCACUCUAAUAAACUGUUCUGUGUCUCGACUGAG